GGCGGCGGUGGUGGAGCCAGGCCAGUGGGUGUGGUGUCUCCCUUAUAGUCUUCCCGCUGCUGUAUAAUAAGCCUGACACAAACUGACGAGGCAGCUUUUUCGGUGCACAGAAAAAGCAGCGGCGGAGCAGCAAACCAGCCUGUUACUUCUAAUUUAUAUGACAUCACAUUCAGGAAAUAAAGGCUGCAGGAUGAACUUGAAGAAUCUCAGGGAGUACCUGGCCUGGCUGUACUACCAGUACCUCCUCGUCACCGGCAUCUACGUGCUGGAGCCCUGGGAAAAGUCCAUCUUCAACUCGGUGUUUGUAUCUGCCGUCGCCAUGGUGAUCUACACCUCUUAUGUCUUUGUGCCCAUCCACGUGCGUCUAGCGCUGGAAUUCUUCUCGGGCAUCUGCGGCGGGCAGCCGGCGAGCACCAUGGCCCUCAUGAACUAAAUGGUGUUGAACUUAACUCCACCCACAACCCCCACCCCAUGACCAGUCUUGACACCAUAUCCUCCCUAAACCAGUGAUGGACACGCUCAUCUGUUAAUUGCAUGCAUUUGUCAGCAUGACUUGCAGAGGUGCUCUUACUUCAAUCUCAUCUAAUUUAAGGAAAAGCUACAUGACGAAGCUACAAUUCCUCCUUGCAGCAUUUUUCAGCUCAAUGAAACUGGGGUUGAGAACAUUUCAGAAAAGAUGAAACCGUCUGUGAUUUUGUUCAUAGUGGGUGAGGGAAUUUGAGUCAACCCUUAAACCGAAGCAGCGUCCAUUUCCUGAAGAUGACAUUUCAGAACAAAAACUAACCUUACCCCUAAGAAAACUUUCACUUUGCUGCCCUGCCCUUGCUGUGAACCGUUCAUGUCCAUCGCUCCAGGCCUUGUGUGAGUGCAUAGAUUUUGCAUGACACGGCCCUUCACCAGGACUGAUUUACAUACUGGUCUCACUACAAAAUCACUAGCAGGCCCCCCGAUACAAAGUGGCCGUUCUUCCAUUCCUCACAUGCACUUAACCGCUUUAUCUACGGUUUUGUAUCAGAACCACUAUCACUUUUCCAGUUUUGUUUUUAAAAUGUUGUUCCAGCACUGUAAAGCUAUGCAAUCCUGGAGUGUCCCAAAUGUGGAAUGUUGCCGUUGUGUGAUAAGACCAGCCCAGGAAAGCAGGAAAAAGAAUCCAAUCCAAUGCAAUGAUGGCACUGAUGUGUGAAGAGCCCUGCCUCCGUCCUCCUGUAGUGUUUUAACUGCCGGUAUGCCGGGAAGGUGUGCUCGGCACUGAGCAUGAGCAAAUAUUGACUCAGCACACCCUUUUUUUAAUUUUUAUUUUCAGACUUUAGGUGUUUGCUUUGAUAAGGCUUUACUUUAUUUGCAAUAAAAACAUUGUUUUGUGGGCACACACUAAACCUUAAAGUGGCCUGAAUGAUGAGCAAAGCCUAUAGUUGAUCUAUAGACAACAACGUGGCGCGUAGACUUAGAAGCAGUUUAUCUGUUUGCUGUGAUGAGUGUUGCUUGGGAUCGUGUGUGUGCUCCUUUUGGGUCGAGGGCGUGAUUUCUAUGUUAUUUAUGCAAAGUUUGAUAUUUAUAUCCACUGGUAAAUGCUUGGCUGGUUUCAAUGUCAAUUACCAAACUUGUUUUUUAAAAUUAUUUAUAUCUAUUUUCUCUUGUGGCCAUAAAACACACUCACAAUUUUUGUUUACCUUUCCCUCCACAACUUUUACAUUUAGCUUUGUGACACAUGAUCACAUUAUGAAUAAAGAGCUUUUUGAGAGUCCUAAAGACAGAAGAUGUCUUUUUUUUUUCUUUAUCAACAUCUCAAACAUCAAAAUUCACACAAAAAAGAGAGUAAUGGUAAAAAGGCAGCACUCUCACUAGUUCAUCCAAGGUCUUUCUUUGAUAAGCACAAUGCUGACACAAUAGCAGAGUCGCCAGACCUGUUCUUGCCUGUUGAUGGUGCAGAAAUAAAAGUCCACAGGCUUCACUUUCUGCUGUGUUGUCGGGGCAGAGUAUUGUCAUACUGUACGUAUGGCUUCCAAUGGCUGGCACCUCUUUUGUGGCUUUUCUCUGGGUACUCCAGCUACCUCCAACACUACAAAAACAUGCAUGUUAGGUGAAUCGGAUACUCCCAAUUGUCCUUGUGUGCCCUGUGAAUGGAUGGCUGGACAGUUAAAGCCAUUCUGUCACAAAUGAUAUCAGGGUUUAGCAAUGCGGGCCUUCACAUCUUGGACUAUUAUGACAAUGCAUCAUUGCGAAACAAAAGAGACACUACCAGUUACUCUACUGCAUUUCCAGUUAUGACCUAUUUUUAAAGCAUAAUGACAUUAGUCCAACUUAUCGGCAUGCUGUCAUAGCAUGGCAGCACUUGGGAAUGAAUGCCUUUAACGUGAGAUAAUACCCAACUUUAGAGUAUACUAGUCAGUGUACAGCUAUCCACUGAAAAUGACUCAACAGGCAGCCAGCCAUUGUUUAUUUAAUAUCUGGCAGCAAAAGCGAGUAGCAAGAUAAUUGUGUCUUGCUUACAGUCAAGUACGGCGGUGGUCUGGUGCUGCAUAAGUGCUGCCGGCACUGGGGAGCUGCGUUUCAUUGAUUAAUGUACAGUAGGUACUAAGUAUGGCACAUGGCACAGCCUUGACAGUAUUUUUGUCUUCUACUUUUAUCCAGAAGGUCAAAAGUAAAGAUAAAAUCAACUCAACGAACAAUAUGUCCUUCAAGUUUGGAGAAAGUCAGAUUAAAAUUGCAGAACAACCAGUCCCACUUGUCAUAUUUGUGUUCUGACAAAGCAGAUUAUUAUUUCAACAUUAUUAACUUUAGCUGCAAGUGCUAUUUUUGUGUGCGAACAUAAUACAAUCAUCAAGCUUUUUGUUUUUAGUCUGCUGUGCUUUGCACACAAAAAAGACAAGCUUGUCUGCAAUUGCAUUCUGUUUACACUUCAUUUGAUCAGUUGGCUGCAUGGAGGGAAGGGGUCAGAGGUUAUCGCCAUGUGAACAAGGUGUAAAAAAAAUACCCCGAACUCCCCCGCUCUCGCUUUGUUUUGCAUUUGUUCCUCGCCUAUGACUGGUAGGACAAGCAGGUGGAGGGAACUCCUGGCAACGUGCAAGCACACACAGACACGGGGGAUAGUCUACAUGACACCACUAAAACCACGUCCCACCUUAGAACAAGGAAAGCCCAGUGAGUAUUUAAAUAUUCAUACUAGUGCCAACAUCUGAUAACACCGUCCACUUUGGGUGAAGUCUCGUAUAAUACACAAACACAACACAGCCCUGCUAUUUAAAUGCAGUGUCGUACCUUAUAGUAGGAUUGUGUGUGUGUGUGUAUCUUUGUUGUGAGACUCUGUAGUAGAUACAGUAUGUCACCUAGAGGCUUUCUUCUAGAUACAUGGGCCAGGGGGUCAUCUCCAAAAACGCUUCUAUGAUGUGUUCUUCUCUCCUAUGAGACAAACACAAACAACUUCAAAUUAAAUGUUAUACACUGAAACACAUCCAGUAUAAACUUUGAUACUUGAGUACAGUGAGCAAACAAUAAGCAUGGAUUAGACAAAAUCAAUAAUAUAAUUAUGUCUGUUAGCACUGUUAGAGAAAGCUUUUCAAGAGUUAAUGUUAAAAAUGGUUUUAAAUGAGGUAUUAUGAGCGUAAGAGCUGUACUUGUUCAUCAAACAUACUGUACGUUUCAAUGUUGGUGUAUGGUUACCUUAAGAAGUGCGCCUGCUGCCAUCUAGUGGUUAAAAUGGUAACUAAAAAAAUAUCUUCAUGUAUGUUCUAGCUGUUCCUAACUUCUGGCCUGGCAUGUGAGACAGACUUGGUGGCUUUAGAGCUUUGCCUUUUAAACUAUUUUAGCCUGGGCAGUAUCCCAACAAAACAGAAAUGCUAACAGUGCUAAUAGCUAGCAUACCGGCAAACUGCCUUGAUAACAUGAACAUGUCUUGCUUCAGUAGACAGUUGCUAAAGUGCUGUUAGCGCAGACUUUUUUCAUUGUCAACACAAAGCUCACCAAACAUCUGUCAGUUUCAGAUUCACCGUCUUAGAUUUAUUUUACAGUGUGAUUGAUUGAAGCAGAAAGAUACAAGUUCAGGCGGCCUUCCCCGUCCCGAAAAGGGACACAUUUCCUCAUGGCUCCAUCCCAGGAUGUCUCCUCUUUAUACUAUCCCCAUCCCCUUCAUAUCAAGGAAAAGGCAGUCUUUGAUUAAUCGGGGUCCUCUUUGAUCUUCUCCUACCUGCUUGCUUUGGCUCCAUGUGGUCUGAUUUCUCGUGGGAAAGUGUAUUGCAUCUUGGUCCCGUCCUUGUGAUGUAUUCCGCUCGUAAACCUUCCCCCGCACAAUCAUGUUAUCACUGUAAUGUCCUAUCUUAUCUAUCCUAUCUCUACUACUACUACUACUACUACUACUACGACUACUUUCAAUUAUCUUUUAAUUAGGAUUCAUUUUGGGAGAAUCCCAACAAUGCUAAUAGCUUGCAUGCUAACAGCUAGAAUGCCAGCACUGAAUUUAUGUAUAUAUUGAUGUAUGUAGUAUUUAUCAUGUAUGCAUGUAUAUACUGUAUGUACAGUAUGUAUCUAUCUAUCUUAGACAGCACUCAGGACCAAAAAUAUAGAUCUAUAGUCCUGUUAAGUCAUACCACGUAGACAUUAACUUUUUCACAUGAGGAAAAUGGCAAAAAUGCUAACAGUUAGCAUGGGAGCACCUAGCAAGAUAGCACCCAGGAUUGAAAAGUAAAUAAUCAGUCUCAAUUUAAAUCCCAUUGACAGGUCCAUCACUGUAUCUUUCGUGGCAAAGCUCUGGGGGUGUACAAGUUUCAUCCUGAAUUUCUCAAGGCUCUGGAUGUUGUGGCACUUUCUUGGUUGACACGUCUCGUCAACAUUACGUGGAAGUUGGGAACAGUACUUCUCGGUUGGGGUGGUUCAAUAAGGGUGACCAAAGGGUGCGUUCCAAUUACAGAGGGAUCACACACCUCAGCCACCCUGGGAAGGUCUACAAUAAAGUGCCAGAGAGAAGGGUAUGACUGUUAGUUGAACCUCAGCUACAAUGUGGUUUUUGUCCAGGACAUAGAACACUGGACCAGCUCUACACCCUUGCAAGGGUACUGGCGGGUGCAUGGGAGUUUGCCCAACUGGUUCAUAUGUGCUUGUGGACUUGGAUUGCGUCCCUCGAGCUGUCCUGUGGGGGGGUGCUCCUGGAGUAUGGGAUUGGUGGCUUUGUGCCAUUCGGUCCGGUACAACCGGAGCAGGACCCCGGUUAGAAUUGCCAGCAGUAAGUCGAGCCUGUUCUCGGUGAACGUUGGCCCUUUGUCACCAAUUAGCAUCGGGGUUCCCGGAAGGACCCAAAGAUGGCAAAAAAACCCACCUUUCCGACGGAUCAAUUUUCACCCGUUUUUUCUGUCACGAAAUAGAAUUUUUUAAAGUUGCUGAAACGACACUUUUCCGCUCCUGGAGGUGGGCCAAGCCCCCCAAACAUUAAUUGGGGGUCCCAGCAGGACCCAGAAAUAGCAAAAACCGGCGCUUUUCAGACGGGUCGAUUUUCGCGCGUUUUUUCAGUUUUUUCCGACGCGAAAUUGCAUUUUUUCAAGUUACUGAAACAACACUUUUCCGGUCCCGGAGGUAGGCCAAGGCCCCCAAACAUUCAUCGGGGGUCCCGGCAGGACUCAAAGGUGGCAGAAAACCCAACAUUUCCAAAAAGUUGAUUUUCGCCCAUUUUUUCAGUGUCGCACUGUCGCGAAAUCGCAUUUUUUCAAGUUGCUGAAACGACACUUUUCCGCCCCGGGAGGUGGGCCAAACCCCCCAC